AUGGUCCAAUUUUGCGCUGAAGAUUUAGCUGCAAAAUUGGGUAAAGGAAACUUCGUAGCCCCAGAAGGAUGGUUCCACCGCUGGAAAAAGAGGCAGAACAUACUCUUCCGAAGGACACAUGGUGAACAAAAAGAUGCCGAUAAUGUAGCCGCAGAUCAGUGGAUUAAAGAAGAAUGGCCUAAACUUAUUGCCACAUAUUCACUUGAAGAUGUAUAUAACGCUGAUGAAACUGGUCUAUAUUUUCGUGCGUUGCCUGAACACACGUACAUGUUUCAGAAGGAAAGUAUGCAAGGCUGUAAAACCUCCAAGGAACGCCUAACUGUGCUAUGUUGCGCUAGUAUGGCCGGCACUAAAGAAAAACCUUUAGUGAUUGGAAAAA